AUGAGCCAACCGAACCGUCUUGCUCUUCUCCUUUCCCUUAUCCUGAUUGGAGAAUCCGUUGCCAACGACUAUGAUUCUCCUCCACGCCAAUCAACUGUGACAUCUUCACCUGUUCAUAUUUCGGAACGCAACUAUCAACAUCAGCAACAAAACCAACCAUCAGUGCUCACUCAAUCCUACCAAGUGCUUCCGGAGUCUAGAAACUACUACCAAUAUCCACAGUAUCUGCCAACGCACGCUGGAUAUUCCAACAUUCAAACUAUCGGACAACCCUAUCAGAUGUAUGGAUCUUCUUCUGGAAGCUCUAGCGCUGUCUCCGGUGGAAACUCCGAAAGCUACGGAAACUCUGCUCAAUCCCCAAUCCCCACCCUUGCUCCUGCCCCAGUCACUGUUUCAGAACGUCAUCGUACCUACACUCCCUCCCCAACCCCACCAUCCCCAUUCUCUGACAAUCGUGGUGAAACCCAACGUGGUCGUGCUCCAGGACAUCAGGCUCCAUCUUCUUCCUCUCAGAACCAAGGCCGUCGAUUCCCAGCCCCACCACCAUCAUCCUCCUUCAUGAUCGCCCCUAAACCAGUUCUCUCGUACGGAGCAGCCAAUCCAUUCCUUGCCAACUUGCCCCCAGCCCAAGGAGUUUAUGGAGCCCCAGUCGACGCUUCCCACCGAGGUGACGCGAUUCGAGCCUUCCAUGAACUCAAUCCAGAGAUUACAGGUUAUGACGGAUCGUCAGGAGCCGCACCCGCUCCACCACCAGGAUCCUCAGCUUCUGUUGAUGACACUUGGGAGGCUCUCGAGGCAUCGCUCGAUGCCAACACCAGAAGACGUCACCGUAUCUUCUAA